UCCAUUUUGUGGGACGCCAGAGCAGCUAAGUGCGUCAGUUGUGGAGAGACGUAGACGAGUUGAGUCCUGGUCUGCGGGGAGGCUGCCGGCUCCGUCGCAGACUACGGACCUCUCUGGGUCUCAGCUGCCAAAGAUCCUGUCCGGUAGGAAGUACUAGCCGGACAUGAGUGGCUGUCGAGUAUUCAUCGGGAGGCUAAAUCCAGCGGCCAGGGAGAAAGACGUGGAAAGGUUCUUCAAGGGGUAUGGACGAAUAAGAGAUAUUGAUCUGAAAAGAGGCUUUGGUUUUGUGGAAUUUGAGGAUCCCAGGGAUGCAGAUGAUGCUGUAUAUGAACUUGAUGGAAAAGAACUCUGCAGUGAAAGGGUUACAAUUGAACAUGCUAGGGCUCGAUCUCGAGGUGGAAGAGGUAGAGGACGCUACUCAGACCGUUUUAGUAGUCGCAGACCUCGAAAUGAUAGACGAAAUGCUCCACCUGUAAGAACAGAAAAUCGGCUUAUAGUUGAGAAUUUAUCUUCAAGAGUCAGCUGGCAGGUUUGUUGAAACACAGUUUUGAGAUAUUUUAAUGUGGUUUUUUAAGUAUUAGUGGGUAGCUAAUGUUUUUUAUUAAUGUUUUAUUAAAAGUAGUUUUAUCUUUAAAUUAAUGGACUUAAUUGUAAUUUUAAAAUUUUAAUUAAAUGUAAUUGGGGGAUAUUUCAAACUUUAAUAUUAGUGAUCAAAUGUAAAUGUUUUGAGGAUAUAUUUUCUUGUUUUUUAAAAUAAAUUUUAACCAAAUAUUAAACCCUUUAUUUGCCAGCCUAUCUGUGUCGUUGGCCUUAUGACGAGGAGUGCCUGUGGGUUAUCCUAAUCGUUGUCUUGGUCACUCUUGGUUGGGCCUGGUUGACUUUGCCAGUCAGCUCCUACAGUGAUCAAUUGGCCACCUCUAGAUCUGUGUUUGCCGGUCUAGACGUAAUCGGUGCACUUCCUUGAAGUGCCAGGUUGCAGCGAUCCCAGAGCGUUGAUAACGUGAUCUGAUCCCUAAGUUGAGAGCUGUCUUCCUGUAACGCUUCCGAAUAAGAGGUCCUGGUCGAAAAGAUACGAAAUUAGGUGGUCGUUGGAAUCCUGAUCGCAGUAAAGUGGUCCUUGGUAACUACACAAGAGUAGAACAUGUCUGCAUCCGCCAGUAGUCUGCUAAUAGGGAGGGCUGUGCGAUAAAGGCUUCCAUCGAUUGGGUAGUGUCCUUCAAGUGGGUGGCGAAGAGCCAGUCGGGCAUAUGUCAUGAAGGUUUCUCCGACCGAUUAAUGGUUUGCUGCUUGACUAGCCUAGGGAAAUAAUAAUAAAGGUAAAGUAAACUUUUUUAAUGACAUAUGGGGCACAAAAUAACUGGUGUCUUGUAAAUGUUCUGUUUUUAAAUAUAAAAUUUCUACUUUAGUCUUUACUUUAAAAAUAUGUAUUGUUUCUUUUUGUUGUUUUUUUGUUUUGUUUUGUUUUUUUUCCUUUCGUAUUGAGCUCAGUAUAGACUAAUACUACUUUAAUGUUAAAAUCUGAAUUUCCUCUGGCAUUUUGCUUAAAAGCAAUAUGCUAUUUAUUUCGUGCCCUCACAUAUUAUUUUUAAAUUCUGAUAGAAUACAAGUGUGGUACAUACCAUGUUUGUACUUUAUCUAACAUCUUCUCUUUCAGUAGUCUUGUUUUUAUACAAUGUGGUUGUUUGUGUGUCCCGUUGCCUUUUCUCUGCUUAACACAAUUGUCUUGUGUUAAGGAUCUCAAAGAUUUCAUGAG